AUGUUAUAUAGAUGGAAUUUCGGUCAUUAUCUUUCUGGUGCAUAUGGAUUUAUGCUUCAAACUUAUUCAAUACCAUUCUGUAAGUUUUGUUCAUUUUUAAAUUAUUUUACAGCACAAGUUUCAGCUUGGUUACGUGUUUUUAUUUGUCUUGAUCGAUAUUUAUCAUUAAGUCAUCGUCAUAAAACAUGGUUUAGUCAAUCAAGAAAUGUUCUUAUUAUUAUUAUAUUCAUCAUUAUAGUUUUUACUAUUAUUAAUUUUCAUUUUUUUUUAUUUGCUUGUUAUUAUAAUGAAGAUGGCACAAUGAAUGUGCAGGCUCAUCACUAUCAAAUAUAUCCAUUAUGGGAUUAUAUCAAUUUAGGUCUUUACAAUUGUGCACCAUUUAUUUUUAUGAUUGUAUUUACUAGUGGGCAACGUAAAAAACCAAAACCAAUACUUAAUUAUACUCUUGAAGUGAAUGUAUUUGAUAUUCUUAUAACAUCUCCAUCAACAUUAACUACACCAAAAUUCUCACAACAAAUCAGAGAAACUUAUUUGAUUAUGUUUUGGUUCAAUAGCAGUAAUGCAUCAACAGAAAGUGUCGAUGAAAAAUAUAAAUUUGUUACUUAUUAUCCAUUGACUCUUAUUAUUGUUGGUACUCUAUUCAAUUUUUUUACUUUUGCUAUUCUUUGGCGACCAAUUUUUCGAGAUACAAAAAAACGACCAACAAUUCAUUAUAUACGAACAAUAGCUAUCUUUGAUAUUCUUAUGUUAUAUGGAUGGAAUUUCGAUCAUUAUCUUUCUGGUGCAUAUGGAUUUAUGCUUCAAACUUAUUCAAUACCAUUCUGUAAAUUUUGUUCAUUUUUAAAUUAUUUUACAGCACAAGUUUCAGCUUGGUUACGUGUUUUUAUUUGUCUUGAUCGAUAUUUAUCAUUAAGUCAUCGUCAUAAAACAUGGUUUAGUCAAUCAAGAAAUGUUCUUAUUAUUAUUAUAUUCAUCAUUAUAGUUUUUACUAUUAUUAAUUUUCAUUUUUUUUUAUUUGCUUGUUAUUAUAAUGAAAAUGGCACAGUGAAUAUACAGGCUCGUCACUAUCAAAUAUAUCCAUUAUGGGAUUAUAUCAAUUUAGGUCUUUACAAUUGUGCACCAUUUAUUUUUAUGAUUGUAUUUAAUAUUGGUGUAAUAUAUCAUUUGAUUCAUCUUCGUCAAACAAGUACAAUUCGAAAAUCUCGAAUUCAACAUCGUUCUAUAUCAUUGACAUUAGUGAUUACAACAUUUCUCUUUUUAAUAAUGACCAUACCUGCUACAGUUUGUUUUGGAUUUUUUUUUUCUACUGCAGAUUCUUUUGUUUUACAUUUAUUUGAUUCAAUUCUGUACACAUAUCAUAUAUUAUCAUUUCCUAUAUAUUUGAUUACAUUUAAAGAAUUUCGGCAAGAAGUUUUUCUAUUGAUAAUUCCUUGCAAAUAA